CUCUCUCUCUCUUCCCCUCUUGUUCCAAAACCCAGGAGAAAUGGCCACAGACAUAGCAAUCAACCCCGAUCGAUUCCAAACCUUCUUCGGCGAACUCGAAAAACGCAAAACCCUCUUAACAAAGAUCACUGACCUCCACAAAACCAUAACUACUCAUUUCGAAUCAAUAGACCAAUCUCUCUCCAAAAAAUCCCAAACCCUAGACUCCCAAAUCGAAGCCUUCAAUGUCGAAACCAAAACUGCAUUCGAAGAACUUGAAAAGCGGGAAAAUGCCAUACCGGAACGCGAAUCGGAUUUGGCGGCCAAAAUCGACGAGCAAAAGGCGUCGGCGAUUGAGGACAUUGUGAAUUUUGAUCAUUCGGUGAGUGUAGGAGAGAAAAGUUUAUCUGAUAUAUUGAAGAUAUAUUGUAAGAGGAUGGAUUCUGGUGGGCUUUUAAGAUUUCUGUUGGCGAAGAGGAAAGAAUCGGUGGCUUUAAGGUCUGAGAUUGCAACGGCAGUGGAGGAGGCUGUGGAUUCCAUGAGGUUGGUGCUCGAUGCCGUGGAGGAGUUUGUGGGGAUGAAGGUGGAGGGAAAGGUGGGGAUGGCAGAUAGACGAUGGGCGUGUGGGAUGUUGAUUCAAGCAGCGGUUCCAAUUGGGGAAUCAAGUGGCAGUGUAGGGAGGAGCUUGAAGGAGAGGGCAGCAGGGGUGUUGGAGAAAUGGAAGGGAGUUUUGGGUGGUGGAGAAGGGAGUGGUGGAGUUGGGGCAAGUGAAGCGACAAUGUUUUUACAAAUGGUAAUUGGUUUUGGGUUGAAGGAAAAAUUUGAGGAUGAUUUUUUGAGGAAAUUGGUGGUGGACUUCGCAGCGAGAAGGGAUAUGCCAAAGCUUGCAGUGGCUUUGGGUUUUGGGGACAAAAUAGGAGAUAUAAUUGGUGAUUUGGUCAACAGUGGGAAAGAGAUUGAAGCCAUAUAUUUUGCUUUUGAGUCUGGACUGACUGAGAGGUUUCCUCCUGUUGAACUGCUCAAGACAAGUCUCAGGAAUUGCCGGAAAAUGGCUAACAGCAUAUCCCAGAGAGGAAAACACAGUAUGGCAUCAGUGGAAAGGGCCAACAACUUGGAACUGGAUGCAACUAAAGCUAUAAUAAAAUGCGUGGAUGACUACAAGCUUGAGAAGCAAUUUGGCAUAGACAGCCUAAGGAAGCGGAUUACGCAGCUGGAGAAGGCCAGGGCAGACAAGAAGAAGGGUGCAGCAUCCACAAGCAAGCCUUCAAACAAGCGGCCUCAUGGAGGCAGUGGUCGUGGCAGUGGCCCACCCUCCUUCCGAUCACCUAAAGCAGGAAGGUUUUCUAAUGCGUCACCUUCUCUCCGCCACAGGAACCCUCCACAGUCACAUCAGGCCCCAGCUACCAGAUUCUCUGCACCAUACACCUAUCCCAGCCAUAGUGUGUACGAAGCUCCUGCUGGAGGCCCAUAUGCGCAGGGGUAUGGUGGGACUCACAGCCAGAGCCCUGCUGCACUUCCUCAGCAAUACUCUUAUCCGCCUCAGGCCGUGACAGCUGGGGGAGUAGGGGGUGGUGGAUCUUAUGGGCAAGGAUCAUAUGGAGGACAGAACAAUUAUGUUGCUUAUGAUUAUGGGGCUGCUGCUGCUGCUGCUGCUGCACCUACUUACCCGCCUUCAUACCAACAGUAGUAUUGAUUGUAGAAAAGCAAGGACCCGGAUGACAUAUUGCCAGACGAGUUGGGCCUUUUUGUACUGCUUGAAGGGCCAUAGGCAGAAAAUGAUGCCAUGCAUGUUUCAUUUUUGUAGGAAAUAAUUAUUCAGUGUUAUUUAGGUAGCGUGUAUCUAUUCGUGUUUAUCUCCUACUGUUUGGUGGAUUACAUAUAGUUGAUCUUGCUUGUAUAAUUUGCACAAUUGUUCAUCCGCUUGGAUAAUCAGAUGUUUCAGGUGAUUGACAUGAGACUUGUGAUUUAU